CGGGGUUGUUUUCCGAGCCCUUCUCCUCCCACGGCCCCGGCUCCCUGGGCCUGGGAUUCCCCUGGAGGAGAAGGUGUGGCGCGUUCAGUGAACAAAGGAGACAGCCCGGGCCGGCGCGGCCACUGGGGAGCAAAAAAACGUUCCCUAAAAUGGCGGCCUGCGCGCGUGGGCGGGGCGGCGCGUGGCUGGUGGGGCUUCCGCUCGCGGUGGGCCUUGGCGGGGCCUGGGCGGGACUGGAGGCGCCAACUCGUCCUCAUGGCCGCAGCGCCGGAGCCCGGCGAGGCCGGGAAGGGGAAGCCCUUUAAGCUCCUAGGAAUUUUAGAUGUCGAAAACAUUCCUUGUGCACGGGACUCGAUAUUAUAUGGUUCAUUAGGAUCUGCUGUGGCUGGCCUUGGACAUUUUUUGUUAACUAGUAGAAUUAGAAGGUCAUGUGAUGUUGCAGUAGGAGGAUUCAUCUUGGUGACUUUAGGCUGCUGGUUCCAUUGUAGGUAUAAUCAUGCAAAGCUAAGAAUACAAGAAAGAAUUGCCAGAGAAGGAAUUAAAAAUAAGAUUUUAUAUGAAAGUACCCACCUUGAUCCUGAAAGAAAACAAACCAACGGGAACGGCAGCAACUGAGUAGAGUCUCAAGCACAGAAACCCCAAUACAACUCACUGAAGUCAGUGAGAACAAAGGGCGGGCAACUAUGUAAAACACUGUUACCUACCUGAGAAGGCUUUCAAUCAAGUAAAUAAAGGAUGUGUAAGUUGCA